AUGAUACUUUACUCCAGUACUCUGGCUUUUGCCCUCUCAGCGACUGUCUCUUGGGCAAGUCAAGUAUGUUCAUCUGAACAUUGCCUGGAUGGCAAAAGCUCUUCUCAAAUUCUAGCGUACGACUCGUCUCCUUCCAAAUAUCUUACACCGGGGACAUACUCCGAUUCUUCUCUCUCCCCAUCCUCCUCAUUGCUCAACAUCAAUCGAUCCUCCGAUACGUUGACUGUAUCACUACCCUCUACUCCGUUGGGAUUCCCUAGGACUAUAUAUGAUGGAUCACCGAACGUAUGGGAUAAUGGGAAUUGGUCAUUGGAUGAUUGGAAGAGUAUCUACUUACCUUCGAACUGGUACGGUGUUUUGGAAGGAGGGAAGGUAGUUUGGGGUGCUUUACCUGAUAAAGGUCAACUACCGAAUGACAUGACAGGAUUGAGAUUAGUCAGAGCGGCUUCGGCUGCCUGUGAUCCCACCUGUUCAUCUCAUGGUGUUUGUAUUCCAUCCAAUACCUCCUCGACGGGUACUUGUCAAUGUUCGACUGGCUGGGCAGGAUCGACGUGCGAUCAGUGCGCCACUGGGUUUUGGGGGCCUUCCUGUUCUCCUGGACCAUCGAAUUGUACGAUAUGGGAUGACGGUUUAUCUGGCACAGGAGCAUGUCUGGGCACGGCCUCCUCGUCUUCAUUGGCUUGCAAUUGCGAUCACGGAACAUGCACCUCGUCGAACCAGUGUAUCUGUUCAGCAGGAUGGCAGACCAAUUCGACGGUAUCAUCAGCGUUGUGCAACACAUGUGCCGAAGGCUUUUUCCAGGAUUCCCAGGGGAACUGUCUCGCUUGUCCACUCGGAUGCGAUACAUGCACCCUCCAGCAAGGUACAAAUUCAACUGCAACCUGCACAUCAUGCUCCGACAGCUUAUCCCUUACGACUGCAAGCCCAGCAGCGUGCUCAGCAGCCACUGGAUCUUGCGCGGAUGGAACAUACUAUGACGCUGGCAGCGCUUCUUGCAAAAGCUGUUCGCCAGCAUGUUCCACUUGUACCGGUCCCUCAACAUCCGAUUGUCUAUCUUGUGCAUCACCCCGAGUUAACUUGCAAGGUUCCUGUGUUUAUUACGAUGCCUCGACGGGUAUAUGUGAUUCGGCGCUAUCGACAUUGCAAGGUGUCUACGUGGUCAACCUGGACAAGAGUGAAUGUGAUGCAUGUCCCUCUGGCUGUCUUGAAUGCCAUAUUCCGUCCUUCGCCAAUAUCAAGGGAUACGAUACCUUACAGUGUUCGUCUUGUCAAGAAGGGUAUCUACUGGAAGAUAGAAAAUGCGUUAUGAAAUGUAAUGAUGGUUGGUUUUUGCCUGAGGGAAGCGCAGCUAAGAACGGAACAUGCCAAAAAUGCGACUCUAUUUGUUCCACAUGCGUUUCCAGCUCCACAACCUGUACUUCCUGCCCUUCUCCACUAUUCGCUUCAGGCGGUAACUGUCUAUCUACCUGUCCAUCAUCGACAACUCCCUUAAAUGGUACCUGUGUACCGUGUCCAGUGGAUUGUACGACCUGUUCAUCUCCUACGGAGUGUUCGACUUGCCCUUCGGAUCGGCCAGUCCUAUCCAAUGGAAGAUGUUUAGACCACUGCUCGAAAGACGAGUACCACGACCCAUCAAGAGGAUGUCAAGCAUGCGAUUGGAGAUGUUCGUCAUGUUCUGCAGGCGAUUUCAGAUCGUGUACCUCAUGUUCUGAUGGCUAUAUCCAUAAAAAAGGGGAAUGUGUAGCUGCUAGCUGUGACGAAGGAGGUUUCGCUAGUGGAUUAGGUGUAUGUUUAAGUGACUUGGUGGAUAAGUCAAGUAGAUCGAAACUAUUCUGGUUAUUCUUCUUGAUCAUCCUACUGUUAGGUGCGGGUAUAGGAGGAUUUUGGUGGUAUGUUAGAAGAGAAAGACAGAAGACUAGGAAAGCUACAAAGGAAUUUGGAGACAAAUUAGUUGAGAGGACUGUUCAAGAUAACUUAAGAGUAUUGAGAUUAGAAAGACUUUCGGGGUUACAAAGGCUCUUAACUUCGGACGAACCAAAACAACAAGCAGAAGGAUACGAAGAGAAGAGAAAUAAGAGAUUUAGGGAAUUACUGUUGCCUUCCAAAAGAAAGCGAACGGAUGUGGAGAAAGAUAUAGAAUUGAAAUCUACCAAUUUCGCUUCGGAUCGAAUGACUUAUGGUUAUGGUGUACCUCCUCCACCAUAUGUUCCGUCUGAGCUUUCUACUCCUACAAAUGUGAAAGAUGGAAGUAAGAGAGAUUCGUUAGAUUCGAUACCCACUCCAAUACUACCUUCUUUAGUAUCACCCACUAUACCGACUUUCGAUUCUUCAUCUUCAUCUUUAGGCCGCAGACCGAAGAUGGAAAGAAAAGAAAGUAAUGGUAACACCACUAUUCAUUCGAUGUCAACCCCUAUUUCACCAGAAUACCAAACUUCACUGAUGCCUCCCCCGCGUCCUGGGAUGAUACGAACUACCACACAGGAAAGAGAACGAGAAGUGAAUAGAAACAGACGAGGUGAUGUGCAAAUUCAAGAUGGCGAAGAAAAUGAUGAUAUAGAAUUUGAGAGGAUAUUAAGGGAUUUAUGGCCAAAUUUGAAAAGGAGAGAACAAGAAGGGUGGAUCUGA